AUGGCGCGGCGGGCUCCGGUGUCGGGGCUGAGCCUGGGCCUGGGCCUGGGCGCGCUGGCGCUGCUGCUCGCGGCCAUCGGCACCGACCACUGGUACGAGACCGACCCCCGGCGCCACAAGCAGCGCUGCGAGCGCCCCCGGGCCGGCCGCGACCCCCCGGACCAGCGCAGCCGCCUGAUGCCGCUGUCGCACCUGCCGCUGCGGGACGCGCCCGCGCCCCCGGCCCGGGCCCGAGGCCCCCAACCCCUGCCCGGGGACCCCGAGGCGUGGCGCGCGCGCCUGGGGCUCGGCGGGCUGGACGCGGGGUGCGGGCGGCCCCUCUUCGCCACCUACGCGGGCCUCUGGAGGAAGUGCUACUUCUUGGGCAUCGACCGGGACCUGGACGCCCUGGUCCUCCAAGGCAUCGCCCAGAGGUGCACGGCCAUCAAGUAUCACCUCUCCCAGCCCGUCGCCCUGCGCAACAUCCCCUUCAAUCUGACCAAGACCAUCCAGCAGGAUGAGUGGCAUUUGCUCCACCUGCGUCGGAUCACCGCCGGCUUCCUGGGCAUGGCCGUGGCUGUGCUGCUCUGCGGCUGCAUCGUGACCGCCGUCAGCUUCUUCUGGGAGGAGAGUCUCACGCAGCAUGUGGGGGGGCUGCUCUUCCUCAUGACAGGGAUCUUCUGCACCAUCUCCCUCUGCACCUACGCGCCAGCGUCCUCCUACGACCUGCAGCGACCGCCUCGGCGCCUACACGGCCUCCCGCCCGACGUGGAGCACGGCUACGGCUGGUCCAUCGCCUGCGCCUGGUGCAGCCUGGCCCUCGUGGUGGCGGCCGGCGGGCUCUGUGUCGCCUUCCCCUGCUUCAGCCGGACCAAGCUCGCCACCUCAAGGUGGGCCGGGGAGCUCCUCGGUCUGAGCGCGUGGCACGGCCGGUCCUGCGAGGGAGCACCCCCUCCUCAAGCACAAGGGAUGACAGAGAGCCACUGUGGGUUCAAGUGCUUUAAAAGACGGACGUGUUGGCCGGGACCCGUGGGGGUGGCCGCGGCUGUCUGUGCGGGCAGCUCUGUGAAAACCCACUUCCCAGCCUGGCCACCCACCCGGUGGGUCUCCAGCCUGCUGCUUGGGCCGCGCUGGGAGUCCCAGGCCGUGGGUCUUGUCCUGCAGGUGUCUGUCCUGUCGUCUGCUGUGCCAGCCCAGGCCACCUGCAGCAUGAGAGCGCAUGCCAAGGUGCCCAUGGAGAGGCACCCCAUGCACGCUGCCUGGUGGGCACCCUCAGGCUCAGCCAGAGAUGGCACUUCCAAAAGGGUCUCGGAGUGCACCCUGAGAUGCAGGCAGAGCUGUGGGGACCCCGGGGAAGGCAACCCCUCCUCGACCCCCAAGACCACUAUGGCCUAUGAGAAUCCUCAGGCUGCCCAGCACCUCUCAGGCCUGUUUCUUAUUCCUGAGAUGCUUGUCCAAGUCCCUAACGGCGGGAGACCCUGCACCCCCUUUUCAUCGUGUGACCCCACUGGCCAGGUCCACUGUUACCUGAGAUUCCUGGGGCCUCGACUGAGUGUUCUUACUGUCGUCUCCUCUCCUUGGUGUCCAGACCUUGAGUUUGAGUGA